AUGAAUGGAGAAUCGAAUAGUGGUAACAUUAAUAAUAAUAAUAAUAAUAAUCACAUGAACGAACAAGGCCCCUAUCAAGGCGAUAUAAGUUCUCUGGAAGGGAAUAUUAGUAACGGAAGUGCAAUUAGUAUUGCCAAUGAUAAUAACAGUCAAGGUUCCAGAACACCUAUUUUAGAUUUCCAAAAUUUGGAUUCCAACGUAGGAUCACAGGAUGCCGACCAAACAAGCCUUCGUGUAAGAGCCACAAAUAGUCUAAUUGCUCAGCGUAGAAUGCAUGGAAGGAAUGUCCCAGUUCCCGCCGGUAAUGGCACUUUUGCCGUACCGGGAAGUGCAACUGAAAGAUUUUUAAGAGGAAUUGAGGUAAGGAUAAUUGAUCGUACGGGAAAGAUGACUCAUGAGGAUCUUGACUUAAUCCAGUAUUUCCAAAAUAGGCUACGAGUUAAAGUGAAACGAUUUCUUACUAUUGUUGAAGUAAAUCGUCAAAGACUAAUCAAAGAAAUUGAACAAAAUAAUCUUAAGUUACGCGAUCUGACGAUAGUCAAUAGACCAAGAAUGGCAUUAUAUAUCAAUAAACUACAGAAAAUGAGAAUGAGAGCAAUUGAAUUAGAGACUGUCGAAUUACAACGUAUAAGGUCAAAAAUAACCGAAUUAGUACAAGCUUAUAAAGCGGCCAUGGUUGUAUUCAGUAUGGAAAAGGUAAAAAAGUCAGAUUUACAAAAUCCUACCGAAUACUACCUUAAAUGGUUAGAUAAAAUAGAUUUCUCUCAACAUGAAAAAUUAACAGAAGGUUUACAAGAAUUGCGGAACUAUACUUCCCAAUUGAUUGAUAAAUUUGAGGCUGAAGAUUGGGAGGCUUCAAAUACAUAUUUUGAGGGCAUACCAAAUGAUAUUUCCAACAUCACCGAUGUUUUUUUCCAAAAUUCUCAGCCAAAAUUGGUAUUUCCUUUGCAUAAACUUCCCUCCGAAAUCCUUCAUCUGGUGUUAGAUAGAUUAAGUCCUCGAUCAAAUGUUGUAAACCUAUUGACAGUAUGCAAAUUAUGGGCUCUCAUAAUUGUUAAAUUCCUAUAUUAUAGACCGCAUAUAAACAAAAAAUCCCAACUUGAUAUUUUCCUUAGGACAAUGAGAAUGCCUCGUUCAGCAAUGAUGUUUGAUUAUCGUCUUAUGAUCAAAAGGCUUAAUUUUUCAUUUGUGGGAGAUUAUAUUCAUGAUAAAGAAUUGUACUAUUUUAUCGGUUGUCGCAACCUGGAGAGGUUAACACUUGUGUUUUGUAAGCAUAUCACAAGUAACCCCGUUUCUGCAGUAUUGGAAAAUUGUAAAUUUUUACAAAGUGUCGAUAUUACAGGUAUUAAGGAUGUCCAGGAUAACGUUUUUAAUACGUUAUCCGAGAGUUGUCCUAGAGUACAAGGAUUUUACGUACCUAUGGCGAAGUCGGUAACCUUGCUUGCUUUGAAUAAUUUUUUCAUUCAUGCUCCAAUUCUAAAGAGGGUUAAAAUAACAGGAAACACUUCAAUUAAUGAUGAUCUCGUGUCUCUCAUGGCCGAAAAAUGCCCACUACUAGUCGAAGUAGAUAUCACGGGAAGUCCAAAUGUUCAUGAUGAGAGUCUAAUACAAUUGUUUUUAAAAUUACCACAGUUGCGAGAGUUUAGAAUAACAAACAAUUCAAAUAUAACAGAUAAACUAUUCUUAGAACUUGCCAAAACCGUUGAUCAAUUACCUGCCUUAAGACUAGUUGAUUUUUCUAAUUGUGAUAAUAUUACCGACAAAACCAUAGAAAAACUUGUUACUUUAGCACCCAAACUGAGGAACAUAUUUUUAGGAAAAUGUAGUAGAAUUACAGAUAAUUCUCUUUACAAUCUAGCACAGUUAGGUAAAAAUUUACAAACAGUCCAUUUUGGUCAUUGCUUUAACAUCACUGACCAAGGUGUAAGGGUUUUGGUACAAUCUUGUCCAAGAAUUCAAUAUGUCGAUUUUGCAUGUUGCACAAAUCUGACGAAUAGAACAUUAUAUGAACUAUCUGACCUAAAUAAAUUAAAGAGAAUUGGUUUAGUUAAAUGUUCCCAAAUGACUGAUGAAGGGUUGCUAAAUAUGAUAUCAUUAAGAGGUAGAAAUGAUUGUUUGGAGAGAGUACAUCUAUCAUAUUGUUCCAAUCUAACUAUAUACCCAAUAUACGAGCUACUAAUGGCAUGUCCUAGAUUAUCACAUCUCUCGUUAACUGCAGUUCCCUCAUUUUUACGACCUGAUAUCACAGCGUUUUGUAGACCAGCUCCGAGUGACUUUAGUGACAACCAGCGCCAAAUAUUUUGCGUUUUUUCGGGGAAAGGGGUCCACAAAUUACGUCAUUAUCUGAUGAGCUUGACCACUCCAACAAAUAGUCCUCAAACGGAUAUAAAUGAUGUUUUGACGAAAUACAUCGUGGCAAAUAACUUGCUGCAACCAUCAGAAAGCUUAGAAAAUGGAAUCCAAAGAAUUUCAUCUGAAUUGAACCAGGAUUCUGCCGCUAUUCUGGCCGCCUCUGGUUUAAGUCAAAUUCCUGGCUUAAAUGCAGAUGUCAACCUUCAAAGUAUACCAUUUCAAAAUCUGGACGACAUAUUUACUUGGACUAAGGUAGACCUUGAGAAUUUCACAUUGGAUAGGGAUGAAACUAACCAUCUUGUAUCUUUACUUGAUCGCAGAUUUUACGAAGAGCCAUUUAGUCCUGAUUUUGAAGAUUUAGAUCCUGAUGCUGCUCCAGGUGCAACAUCUGUUCUGAAUGGUGAAGUUUGCCACCUAAUUAGAAAAUUUCAUGAACUUGAUGAACGACUAGAGGAUUUUGAAGUUAAUGUAGCCAGCUUAUCAAGAGUCCAGUUCCAGUUUACGGGAUUCUUACUACAUGAGAUGGCGCAAAUAUACGUGUUAAUGGCCGAAUUGAAUAGACAGACCCUCCAUAUUCAAGAGAGAGUAUUUUCUUCUGAAAUCGAAAAGGAUAAAAAAGGUUUUUAUGUGUGGCGUUUAUUUUUCCUCGACCGGUUUACAGAUUUGCUACAAAGGUACAAAAUUGCCACAAUUGUGUUGAGAUUAUAUCUUAAGGAUAGUGUUACAUUGUUAACUAGACAGAGAGAGGCAGCUUUAGCAAACAAUAGAAUAGCCAUACGUGAUGACGUGUCUAUGAAUGAUCGAUCUGCAACUACGAUUAGUAAUAAUAAUUUACAGCCAAGGGCAGACUCAGACGGCGACAUGGAUAUAGACGAAGUGCCUAAUGAAAAUCCAGGCGCCGUUUCACCAAGAAUUAGUGACUUUUGGCCUCCUAGAAAUAUGACUGCUCCCGUGACUGCUGUACCAUUUGGACUGCAGAAUGCUGUAGAUGUAAAUGAUAUUGAGACCGAAGGAAGCGGUGAUGCAGAAGAAAGUACAUCCCAGUUUGGAGAUCUGCCAAACGCGGAAGAUAAUAAUAUUUAG